ACUCUAUAGAUUUUACAGUGUUAGUUUUUGCCUUGUUUUUGCAGUAAGAGCCUAUAGAAACAGUUAUUUUUAAGUUAGUGAAUAUGAAAACUUUGAGCACCCUUUCGCAUGCCACUGAAGCAAUGGGAAAACUUUCAAUGCAAAUUGCUCAAAAUCAAGAAAAAAACUCAAGCGAGGAAGAAAAUGAUUCGUCAUGGACGACCAUUCAUAUGAGAAAACCUGGGAAUAGGAAACAUACAGGACCGCACGAUGCCAAGAGACCUGUUUCUUGCAGGCAUCAGGCACUUGGCCGAACAAGUUCAGCUCCGGUAAAUAUUCCCAACAGGAGACAUUCGAAAAAUCAACAUGAAAAGAAACAGCUUACUAGAGUUAGCAGUCUCGCAGGUGGAAUUUCACCAGGAGGGAAACACCGAUUAACAUACAAUCGCGACUUUCUACUCGAGUGUCGUCUAUCUCCGCUCUCUUUAUCGCCACCCAGCGACCUUCCUGUUAUACCCGGGGCAACUGCACCAGCAAAACGACGUCCAAAAAAGAAAUCUCUUGAAAAAGUUGACUCGAACAUCUCAAACGCCUCUGCUGCUUCAUUCACCUCGAAUGUCUCGAGCGCCACCGACGACGAACAUAAGCCGUUAUAGUUGUGUAUGCGUGUACAUUAUUUGCCAGCUAUGCAUGCUAUUGUGUACAUUAUUUCGCAGCGACCGAACGAAGGGUUCCUUUUUUAAAUAUUUAUUGCUGUGUUGCGUGUGGUCAAAAUAAACUUAAAAGAUGUAAA